AGCGCUGCAGCUCUUUAAGGCAAAUUGCUGUGGCGAGACUUAUGCAGUGGCGCUAUUCAUAUGCUGAAAUGAUCUAGGUUUUACCCGCUGGAAGCGCGGGGCACUGUUUGCGUGAAAAGAGACAAUGCCCCGAUGUGUUUCGCAGCAAAUCGAAAAUCGCCUGCCGCUGAAACGCAUGUGCAGGUUUGGAUUGACUGCUGUUAUGUUUUAAGGCACGGUCAGUUUAAGCGCCUUUAAUGUAGAUGAGGUGAUAACGUUGCCUCCCCUCAGGUGCAUUUUUUUUACACGCUCGGCGCAGCAGCGUCAGAGGAGAAACUGCAGCCUGAUCGAGGUUAGAUUACAGCCGAGGGAUGGUGGCGAAGAUGGCGAGCUGUGGAGCGGCGUGCCACCUGGAAGACGGAGACGGGGACGUCCCUGCCCUGGUGAACAAAGAUAACCAGUCAGAGGGCGACAGCAGCAGUUCAGAGACUUCAGGGGCGUCCACUGAGGAGAGCUCAGACGAGGAAGAGGAAGACGAAGAAAACGACGACGAGCAGGAAACCUCUGAAGGGGGCGCUGAAGACGAUGAAAAGGGAGACGACGACAAAGAAGUCACCAAAGAGGAACAUAAAAACGGGAUUUCUGGAUCUGAAGGAGCCAAGCCUCGAGCCGCUGCUGUAAAUGGGAGAGAUGAACGAUUUAAGUUAUGCUGUGAAAAAUGCAAAUCCGUCCAUCAGACCCACGGCACGGAGCUGGUUACUCCUCAGAGGAUGUCUAAGGGUCGUUUCCAGUUGCCGUUGGAAGGAGAAGGAACGUACGAGUGUUCGGUCACCGGCCUGGUCUUCCAAGCAAGCGAGCCGGUUCUGGUGAGGUAUUCUAUCCUAUCUUGGUCCAAGUUUGGCUCCUUCCUGCCGAACUCCUGGAAGUUCGCCGGACCGAUCUUCGACGUCCACACCGUCAACAAGGACGCGUCCGUCCUCACCUCUAUCCAGUUCCCCCACUCCAUCUGCUUAGCCCAUCCAGAGGAGGACCUGACGUUCAGCGUCCUGCACGUUAAGGACAACCGUCCCCUCAUUGAGCCGACCGCAGACCACUCAGGAAGCCACGUGAAGUGGAACGUGACGUCCCUCUCGCCGGUCGGCCCCAUCAUUCAGAAGUCGGGGUCCGUGGAGCACCACGGCGUGGUUCUGGUCUACAAGCAGCUCGGCAGCGACAACAACAACUACAGCUUCCACGUCUACCUAGCGACAAACAGCUCCUCCGACAUUAAAGAUAUAGGCAAACAAGUUCGGGGCUGCAAGAAUCGAUACAUGAAGAUCGAUAAGCCUCCCACGUGUAAAUUGGACGAGGGGACGUAUCGCCUCGUGAGCGAGCCGGAGGGGGAGAUCAAACCUGAGGAGCUGAAGUUCACGCUCGCUGUGACCAAGAUGAAAGGCUACUUUGAAGCUUUCUUUGAGGAGCGGCCUCCUUUCAAAUUGUCUCUAAUAGAGAUUAACACGGACGAGACUGUCUGGUCCGCCACCAUCAGAGAAGGCGACUGUGUGGACAACUCAGAAAAAAAGCCAAGGAAAAGGACAAUCUCUGGCAGACAGAGAAGCAGCAGCCCCUCAGAAGAAGAAACGGCCUGUAAAAGACCAAAGUGGCAGGACGAGUCAGAUGGAGGGAAAGCAGGGAAGACUCAGGGUCAGGACUUGUCAGAGAAGCAGCUCCUGAAGAUCGCCCGUCUACUUGGAAAAGAGUGGAAGGAGGUGGCCAUCUUUCUGGGCAUAGAGUCUAAAUAUGUGGACGACCUCCAGGCUGUGGAAAACUGUGUGAGCAUGCAAAAGCUGAAAAUGCUGUUGGAGUGGAAGAGAAGGCAAUCAGGAAAAGCUACGGCAUACCACCUGUGGCACAGUUUGCAUGAUUUGGACUCCUUGUCGGUCGAGGCUCAUCAGGCACUGAAAGGUAUUAUGGACAACCAAACUGAUAAGUAAAGAAGAAAUGUGUUCAAAAACUGAAAUAUCUGUUGCUUCAUCAAAUGAACGCAACGAGAAGCUCAGGUGUGCAAUGAAGCAGCGUUGACCUGUGGACCAAACUUCAGCUUUUCCCUUUAUGUUUCCAGCAACAUUUUAAAAUCUACAUGUAAAUAAAUUCAGAUGUGCGCCUUUGUUUUCUGUGAAAAGUACAGACUAAUGAUGACGUCUUUGAGUAACUAUGUUUAUGAAUGACGCAGAGGUCCUUGAGAGGUUUGGUAGCUAAUUAUGUAGCCCAAAGCAAACGAAAACGUAGGUGCUACAGUCCUGGAACUGCAAAAAUCAUGAACAGUUUAUUGUGCAACAUAUAAUGUUUCAGUUUCAGGUGAAACCUUGUGAAAUACUUAGUGAAAUAAUCAGGCAUUAGAACGGAUCUGUGGGUCUGUUUUAAGAUUUACAGACUGAAUUUGUGUAUUAGAAGCUUUUAUACUCAUAUUCUUCCUGUCCUGUACAUAUCAUUUUUUAUAAACCAAGAUGUUUUUUUCCGAAUUGUGGUUUAUUUUUCUACUUCUGUUUAAACUCUAUGUUUAUUAGUGUCUUAUUUUAUAUUUGCUAUGUUUGUGUGAAACUAUACAGAAAUGCAACGUGUCAAAAAUGUCAUGUUUUGAUGUGGCUCAGGAGUUAUUUCCUUUUGUCUUCAGUUGAGAAUAAUGCAUAUUGUUUGUAAACCUUAAACGAAUUUGUGUAUUUCAAAUGGGUACUGUAAAAAAAACAAAAAAAAACUUGUUCUACAAGUGUUUGGAUUUUAGGCUGGAUUUGAGUAUAAAUCUGGAAAAUGUUUUUCUGAAACUGCUUUGGAAAUUUGUUGCACAGAUUUAGAACCACUAAGGUCAGAAAAACAAACUUGACUGUACAAACUCUGGGAGAUAUAUUAAGUUAAAUUACUUGAAACAUUAUUGUUGAUUUGUCAACAUUUAUUGCAGAAUAACUGAAGCAGCCAUAUUUUUUUUACAACUGAAUCAUUUCUUAUGACGUCCAGAUAUUAAUUAGCAUUCAGAAAAGCAGCUUUACAGAACUUACAGCUGAUGUUUUUAUUUGUCCUUGUUUUUGUCAGGUCUGAAUCCCUCCAACAAUUUUACAAAAAUAAAAGUUGACUCUUAAAGUGAGUAAGACAUGA